AAUACAGUCAAUCGGAAAAUGAAUGUCAGAUUCAAACUUGCUUGACGCUGAGAGUUUUCAUCGAAAUUUUUCCAGAAGAUUCGAAUUGAAGAAGAAGAAGAAGAUAUCGUAUCAGACGAAGUGAGAAGACGAAGAUGUCUGUGCAAGAGUACUUAGACAAGCAUAUGCUUUCUCGGAAAAUCGAAGACGCUGUUAAUGCCGCCGUUAGGGCUAAAACCUCAGAUCCCGUUCUCUUCAUCGCUAAUCAUAUGAAGAAAGCUGUAUCAUCUGUGAUAACGAAGGUGAAAGCAAGGCAGAUCCUUGAUAGCAGAGGAAUCCCAACAGUUGAAGUGGAUCUGCACACUAACAAAGGCGUGUUUCGUGCUUCUGUUCCCAGUGGUGAUUCUUCUGGAACAUAUGAAGCUAUUGAACUACGUGAUGGGGACAAAGGAAUGUAUCUCGGAAACAGUGUGGCUAAAGCUGUUAAGAACAUUAAUGAAAAAAUUUCAGAGGCGUUGAUUGGUAUGGACCCGAAACUUCAAGGUCAAAUCGACCAGGCAAUGAUAGAUUUGGACAAAACUGAAAAGAAGAAUGAACUUGGGGCUAAUGCCAUACUAGCUGUGUCAAUUGCUGCAUGCAAGGCUGGAGCUGCUGAGAAGGAAGUCCCUCUGUGCAAGCACCUUUCUGAUCUUAGUGGCAGAGCAAACAUGGUGUUACCUGUACCUGCCUUCACUGUUUUGAGUGGUGGGAAGCAUGCAUCAAAUACUUUUGCCAUUCAGGAAAUUAUGAUUCUUCCAAUUGGAGCAAGUAGAUUUGAGGAGGCCCUGCAAUGGGGAUCUGAGACGUAUCAUCAUUUAAAGGCUGUCAUUACAGAAAAGAAUGGUGGUUUGGGAUGUAACGUUGGUGAAGAUGGUGGCCUUGCUCCAGAUAUCUCGAGCCUCAAGGAAGGUUUGGAGCUUGUAAAAGAAGCUAUCAAUCGGACUGGGUACAGUGAUAAGAUAAAGAUAGCAAUCGAUGUUGCUGCCACUAAUUUUUGUAUAGGUACCAAGUAUGAUCUGGAUAUCAACUGUCCAGAUAAAUCUGGGCAGAAUUUCAAGUCAGCAGACGAUAUGAUAGAAAUGUACAAAGAACUUUGUGAUGAGUAUCCAAUUGUGUCUAUAGAAGACCCUUUUGACAAGGAGGACUGGGAACACACCAAGUUUUUUUCCAGUCUUGGAAUAUGUCAGGUGGUAGGUGAUGAUUUAUUGAUGUCAAAUUCAAAACGUGUGGAGCGGGCAAUACAGGAGUCUUCUUGUAAUGCCCUUCUUCUCAAGGUGAAUCAGAUUGGUACAGUAACAGAAGCCAUUGAAGUAGUGAAAAUGGCAAGGGAUGCCCAGUGGGGUGUGGUGACAUCUCAUAGAUGUGGAGAAACAGAGGACUCUUUCAUCUCUGACUUAUCCGUGGGUCUCGCAACAGGUGUGAUAAAAGCUGGUGCUCCUUGCAGAGGAGAACGUACUAUGAAGUAUAACCAGUUGCUUCGGAUCGAGGAAGAGCUUGGAGAUCAAGCACUGUAUGCUGGAGAAGAUUGGAAGCUAUCCCUCUAAACAAAAUGCGCAUGUGAUAUAAUUGUUACAAUUCUCGUCUUACUUCAUUGUUCUCGAGUCUUAUUUUUCCCGCAGACAAAUUUCUGUGUCGUGAAAAGUUCUGAUUUUUUGUUUUUUUUGGGGGCCAAAUUAAAGAGCAAACAGAAAGAGUGUUAAACGUAA